AUGCCCGCGAACUCCACGAAGGCCGCGGCCCCGCCCGCGCUGACCCUCGCCCCGGUGCGGAAGACCGCCCUGGACCUCUUCGCGGUCGCCCCGCAGGCGAAAAAAGCGACCCGCCGCGUGAAGGCCCAAAUGGCCUUGGAGGGCGGGGCCGCCGCCCCCUCCCCCUCCCCGCCUGAGGCCGACGACGUCUUCCGCAGCGUCGUGGUGGAGGCUCCGGGCGCCGCCCCGGCCUCCGCUGGCCCUCCCUCGAAGCGGGCGAUCCUCCGGCACGGCCUGCACGCGAACCCCGAGGAGGACGCCCGGACCGUCUUCGUGGGGAACCUCCCCCAACACCCAUCCCCCGCCGCGCCGUGGAGCGCUUCUUCAAGGACUGCGGCCCGGUCGCCUCGGCGCGGGUGCGGAGCCAGGCGCUGGCGGCCGCGGGGGACAGCAAGGGCGCGGACCCCGGCCGCGCCGUCCGCGUCCUGCGCGGGGAGGUCAAGCGGGACGACCGGUGCAGCGCGACGGCCUACGUCCUCUUCCGCGACCCCGCCAGCGUGGCCCGGGCGCUGGAGAAGAACGGCCUGGUCCUGCACGACCGCCACGUCGUCGUGA